AUGACGUAUCAAUUUAACCCUCACAUCAUCUUCUACGGAGCGCUGAUCUUUCUGGGUACCCUGGGCAACUUCCUCGUGCUCGCGACCAUACUGGCCAUCGUGUUGGAGGACCACAGUUUUCCUUCCUCCGACAUUCUCCUAACCAACCUGACCAUCGUGAACCUGCUGAUUUCGAUCUUCUGGAACAUCCCGGAGUUUAUCUUGGAGUCGGGGGUUGAGAUGCUGCUCCCCCUGAGCUGGUGCCGGCUGUUCAUGUUCAUCUGGGUGUGGCUCAGGUGCGUCAGCAUUUGGGUCACUUUCCUCCUCAGUCUCUUCUACUUCCUGAAGAUAAAGCAGCAUGUGCGGUUGUCCACCAAGGCCAGGGAAGCCACCUUUGUCUCGGCCACCCUGCUGGCCAUCUGGCUGGUCAACUUCGCCUACGCCAUACCCGCCCUGUUCUACGCCAAGGCCACUUCCGGGAACGAGACAGUGUCCCUGAUGAUCGUCAGCACCACCGUCAAGCCGUUCCUCGGGUGCGUGUGGAACUUUCCCAACGCCCAGGCAGCAUUGGCGGUUUCCAAGUCCUACCUGGUGAUCCAGGAGAUCCUGCCCAUGCUGCUCAUGUUGGGCACCAACCUCAGCACUGUGUACUACCUGCAGAAGCACAUGAGGUCCAUCGGGGUCGAACGGCUGCACAGCUUGCAGGUAGAGAGGAAAGCAGCCAAGGUGAUCAUGGCUCUGGUGACCCUGUUCGUGCUGUGUUGGGGAACCCACUUGUUGGCGGUCAACUAUUACAGUUACAACCGAGGGAGUGCCACCAGCUUUAUCCUGACCCUGGCAAACUACAGCGCCUCGUUGUUUAUUGGCUUCAGCCCGCUGAUAUUAGCCAUGGGGCACGGCAAGCUACGUGGCAAGAUCUGCAAAAUACUGCGUAUUAAACUCACGUAG